GUUAUCCCUAAUCCCAAAAUCUCCCAUUAGGUGCAAGAAUUCCCUUACUCCCUUCCCCUCCCUCGCAGAAUCCGCGUCCGUCCUCUCCGUCGUCGGCUUCCCUCCCGUCGCUAAACUCCAGCGUCCCUCUUCAGUCGCUCAUCCACGGCGUCCGUCGUCCGUCGCUGACCGAGAUCGAGAAGCUGCUCGGGUGGCUGUUCCUCGGUCCGUCGCUUAUCUCCCUCGCAGCACCACCAGUUCCGGCGUCGCGUCCCUCGUCCGUCGCUUAUCUCCGGCGUCGUUCCUGUCCCUCGUCGCUGACCCAGAUCGAGAAGCUUCUCGGGCGGCUGUUCGUCGGUUCGUUCGCCUUGCCAUCUCCGGCCUCGCGGCGUUCCUGCUCCGGCGACGCUUCUGCGGCCAUCGAUCUGCAAUCAUUUGCUGCACCAGAAUACUUAGAUCCGAGAGGUACACUACCGUUGACUGUUCACAAGCUUGGGACAACAGCUUCAGCGUGCAUGAUUGGUUGAAAGGAAACGUGUAUCAUUCAUUUUCUCUAGAUGUUUGGUUGAAAGCCUUGCAUCUUCGUAGUUGAGAGACGAUGGAUUUCGUGUCAUCUGUUAUGAACCUAACAAACACCACACUGGAUUGGAUGACAUUGGCAUUUGAUGCUCCUUUUGCUCGAGCUGUUGUUUUUGGAGUGCCCAUCAGUGGGCAUCUAUUUGUGGAGGGUCUUCUUCUAGUUGUUAUUCUCUUCCUUCUUUCCCAGAAAAGUUACAAGCCUCCUAAGCGGCCCUUAACAGAGAAGGAAAUAGAUGAGCUAUGUCAUGAAUGGGUUCCAGAACCUCUUAUACCUCCAAUCAAGGAAGAGAUGCAAUUUGAACCUCCAGUACUGGAAAGUGCGGCAGGGCCACAUACAGUGAUCAAUGGAAAAGAAGUUGUGAAUUUUGCCUCAGCAAAUUACCUUGGAUUAGUAGGACACGAGAAGUUACUUGAGUCGUGUACUACUUCACUAGAGAAAUAUGGUGUUGGUUCUUGUGGUCCUCGUGGAUUUUAUGGAACCAUUGAUGUCCACCUUGAUUGUGAGGCCAGAAUAGCUAAAUUUUUGGGCACUCCUGAUUCCAUACUUUAUUCUUAUGGACUUUCCACCAUGUUCAGUGCAAUUCCAGCUUUUUGUAAGAGGGGCGAUGUUGUCAUUGUUGAUGAAGGUGUUCAUUGGGGAAUACAAAAUGGGCUUUAUCUUUCUCGAAGCACAAUUGUGUAUUUCAAGCACAAUGACAUGGAUUCUCUACGUAGUACUCUGGAGAAAGUUACUCUAGAAAAUAAGAGAGCUAAGAAGCUAAGGCGCUAUAUUGUUGUUGAAGCCAUUUACCAGAUGGAGAAAUUCUUUAAUAGAAUUUACAAUUUACAGAAUUCAGGUCAAAUUGCUCCACUAGAUGAGAUCAUCCAAUUGAAGGAGAAAUAUCGCUUCCGUGUUCUGUUGGAUGAGAGCAACUCAUUUGGUGUCCUUGGCAGUACGGGAAGAGGUCUCACAGAACAUUAUGGCGUUCCAGUUGAGAAGAUAGAUAUCAUAACUGCUGCCAUGGGGCAUGCAUUAGCCGCAGAAGGAGGGUUCUGCACGGGAAGUGCCCGGGUCAUCGAUCACCAACGUCUGAGCAGUUCUGGUUAUGUCUUUUCUGCUUCGUUGCCACCAUACCUUGCAAGUGCUGCUAUAACUGCUAUUGGUAUUCUGGAGCAGCAUCCUGAUAUUAUUGCCAAACUCAAGAAAAAUGUUGCUGUACUAUGCAAAGGAUUGUCAGAUAUACAUGGCCUUCAGCUUGCAAGUGAUGCGCGUUCCCCAAUUGUCUUUAUCAAACUCAAGAAUUCCACCGGUUCCUUGCAGAAUGAUCUAAUGUUGCUUGAAACUAUUGCUGAUCGGGCUUUGGAAGAGGACGCGGUCUUUGUAGUAGCUUCCAAAAGGUCAAUGCUUGACAAAUGCUGCCUACCUGUUGGAAUCAGAUUGUUCGUGUCGGCUGGCCAUUCAGAAUCUGAUCUGCGAAAAGCAUCCGAAUCCUUAAAGCGAGUUGCAGCAGUGGUGUUGGCAGGUCAUCCUUGAAUCAGCUUUCAUUUCUAUUGCCGGUAAUCCUUCUAAGUUCUAACAAUUAUUUAAGAAGGAAACAAAUUCUCCCUAUAUACUCGAUAAAUUAAUUGGUUUGGACUGUAUAUUUAUUGUUUAUUAUUCUCUUAUAGCCAGCCCCCCUUCCUUUUUGACAUGCAAGAGCCAUACUGCAUUCUGGUUCUUGAGCUGAGGAAAGUUGUUUUGAUGGAACUGGGUGAUUUUGUAUCUUAUCUCACUUUGAUUGAUGUUCUGCUAUACAUUUUGCAUUGUGGAAAAGGAAAUGAUUUAGAAGAGAA